CAGGGCGAAAGAAGUUGUAGGGCUACCAAAUGGGUAGUGGUGGGGGUCUGCUGACUUCCCAUCUGGUGUCGUUUCCAGAAAAAACUACCGAGUUUUGAAUCUAAAUUUGCAGCCACUGCUGUCACCGAAGUUCCUCUCGUGUCCGCCUCCGAGGCACAGGUGGAGCAGCCAUGUCCACUGGCUCUGCUGCAAGUGAUGCUGAGGACUACGAGAUGUGUCACAGGAGGACUGCCACCGCGCGGAGGGCUACCUGCUACCAUCCCGGCCGCUACUCCGACGAGGAGCUGGAAGAUGACGGCGUGGAGGAGAGGAUCCGCCACGAGCGCAGACUCUCCAAGGCGCACCAGAAGGAAGCGCGCCAGUCGCAGAGAAACGCGGCCAACGCCAGGGAGAGGGCGCGGAUGAGAGUGCUGAGCAAAGCAUUCUCCAGGCUGAAGACCAGCCUGCCCUGGGUACCAGCAGACACCAAGCUGUCCAAACUGGACACGCUUCGACUCGCCUCGAGCUACAUCUCUCACCUGAGACAACUCCUGCAGGACGACCGCUUCGAGAACCGCUUUGCGCACCCAGUCAAUCUGACCUGGCCAUUCAUGAUGACAGGCCGAUCAGAGGACAGCCAAGACAUCUCAUCCACUGUCAGACUGUGUGGGGCAACAGCGUAGGACCCCCUUCUUCACACGAACACCAGCGUUGCUUUUCCUGUGGAGCCUGCAGAUAAUAUGAGGCGAUGACUCCUGCUGUCCGGUGCAUUUCUUUGGAAAACUGUCCGCGCACCUGUGCUUCAGUCUCUCCACGUGUGUCCUCUACUCAACCUUUAAUGCACCAUGGCGUGUGUAUUUCAGAGCAUGUCAGUUAGAACAAUAAAGACAGUACUCCACGUUUGUUUUCAGAUAUAUUUUCUUGUGUGCAUGUUUGCUGUAAUUACUGUAGUGUUAUGGCAUGUUUACACUGUGUGUAAGAUCAUUUAUAUUGGAUUUAAAGUCUGGAUUUUACAAACUUCAGCCCCUCUAGUUGUUU